AUGACUAACACUAACACAUCACUUUUAAACUUUGAAUAUAGUUUUAUUAUAGAUCCUAAAGUGACAAAUCCUCAUUUGGUGACUUAUUAUGAAUCCAAUAUUCAAUUAUGGAAAGAAUGCAUUAAUGAUCAAACUGGUUUACCUUAUAGAAUGAUUGAUAAUUUAUUUGAAUUAAGACAAAUCAUAAAUCAAAUCAAUUUAAAUCAAGCCAAACAUGGUAAUUAUAUCAAUUUAAUAGAAAAUAACAAUUUAAUCAUUGUUUCAUUCAAUGGAUCCAUUGAAUUCAUAAAUAAAUCCAGAAAUAAAAUCUUACAAACUUAUAAUCAAGUUAAUUUUAAAACCAUUUCCAUGACUCCUGGUGAAUUCAUGAAGAUAAAUGAAAAGUUUACUUUGGAAUUAUAUAAAUUAUCGAAUCAAUAUCAAGUUGAAAUCGUCAUUAAUAAUGAUAAUUCAUGUUUUUCAAAACCAUCUACCACUGUUUCUCAUAAUUCUGGUUAUGCUAUUCAUAUUUUAGGUAAUCAAGAUAAUAUCACUAUUGCUGAAACUUCAGUAAGAAUCUUAAUUGAUACUUUAAUAAAUAAUAAUUAUUUAGAUUCAAUUGAUAUUGAAUUAUCUUUAAUCCCAAUCAUUGGUGGUAAACAAUUAAUUAAUUUCAAUCAAAUUGCCAAACAAACCAAUUCCAACAUUUAUAUUCCAGAUUUAUUACCUAAUUUAUUCAAUUCCAAGAUUUUAAUUAAGAAAUUAUGGAUUACCAGUAAAUCAAUUCCAGAAAUUCUUUUAACUAAACAAAUCUUAAAUAAAAUCAUUGCUGAAAAGAAACAAUUAUUAAUUAAAGAAGUCGAUAUUAAAAAGGUUAAAUUGGAUUUAAUCACUUUAUAUAAUCAAAGUGAUAUUCUUAAUAUCAUGUUUGAUAAGGGGAUUUUCAUUCAAUUACCAAAUCUUGGAUCCAAAGAAUCAAAAGUUUUAGUCCAAGGUACUUGUCAAGAUAUUAUUAAUGAUGUGAUCUUGGAACUUAAUUUGAUUUGUUCUAAUUAUUAUACAGUUGAAUUAAAUGGUAAUAAUUUUAAUAAUAAUGAAUAUGCUUUAAUUCAAUUAAUUUCAUCUAAGAAAUCAUGUGUGAUUAAUUCAACUAAAUAUGGUUUAGAUAUUAAUGGUCAAUCAGGUGAAAUCAAACAAUUAUUACAUAAAUUAUCCACCAAUUUAUUAAAUUUAAACAUUGAUCAAAUUAAAUUAAGAAUUGAAUUGAAUAAUAGUCAAAAAGAUUUCAUUAGUGGUAAGAAAAAUGGUAAAUUAAUUAAAAUCUUGAAUCAAUUGAAUAAUAAUCAAUUAUCAAUCAUUAAAUUCAGACCAUUCAAUGAAUACAAUUUCUUUAUUGAUUUUGAAAUUAACAAUAAUACUGAUUUGAAUAAUAAUAAAUCUAAUAGUAACAACAAUAUUCCUGUUUUACUUAAAGGAUUAGAAUUGAUUGAAUUGGAAUUACCCGCGGAAUUGAAUUUCAAUAUUCCAGAAGUAUUCCAUAAAUCAAUCAUUGGAAAUGGUGGUUUAAUCAUUCAAUCAAUCAUGAAGAAAUAUAAUGUAUUUAUUAAAUUCUCCAAUUCCAAUGUCAACAAUUCUUUAAAUGAUGAUAUUUAUUCCUUCAAGAGAUUCGAUAAUGUUUUGAUCAAAUGUCCAAGAAAGAAUGAAAGAAAUAUUCAAUUAGCCAAAUAUGAAAUCGAUCAAUUAGUAUUACAAUGUUGUUUAAAUAAUAUGAUUCCAGUUAAGAAUAAUUCCAAUGUUACGAUUUAUAAUACCUUGAAAUUCCAAUUAUUAAAGAGUCAUUAUUUAUUAUUGAUUAAUAAUAAUAAGAUUCAACAUAUUAAUGAAUUAGAAAUUGAAACUAAUUCCUUCAUCAAUUUCCCAACUUCAAUUGAAGAAUUCAAUAGAAGUAGUAAUUUAAUCAUGGAUAUUAAAGGAGCUGAUACUAAAAUCAAACAAUGUUUUAAUAAAUUGAAAAUGAUGUUACCAAUGAAUUAUGAAUUUAAGAUUACAUUUAAUUCAGGUAAAUUCGAUGAUAAUUUCUUUGGUAAUUAUAAACAAGAUUUCUAUGAUAAUAUCGUCAUACCAUUUAAAGUGUUAUUAGGUAUUGAAAUCUUAAUCAAUGAAACUCCAUUGAACAACCAAAACCAUAAUAAUAAUAACAAUACCUACCAUCAAAUCAUUUUAAGUUAUUUUGAACAAGAUAAAGAAAAAUUGAAUGCUGCCAUUGAUUCAUUAACGAUUUAUUUAAGACAAAAGGGAUUCUUAAUCUUAGAUAAGGGCCAUUAUGAUUUCAAUCCAUUGAUGGAAGAAGAAGUCACCAUCAAACCAUCACCAUUACAACCUCUCAAUUCCAACCAUUAUAAUAACACUCCACCACCUUUAUUACAACCAAAGGGGAGAAAAAUAGUUACUAAUUUUAAUGUGGAAGUAUCACCUCAUAAAACUAGUCAAUAUGUACAUUAUAUAUCAUAG